AUGCGACCAUUUGAUCCACCGCAGAAACGGUCCCGCGUUAUGCCUCUGACGCCUAACAAUACAGAGUCACACAUUGAUUUCUCUGAGAGUGAGAUUACCCUGACCCAGGACGAACCAGCUUUGUCAAGAAGCGCCCUCCGAUUAUACGUCCGCAACACUGCAUCUGCCUCAUCCAAAAAAAGGAAGCGUGCAUCCGCAAAGCAGCUGCUGAAGCUGAAGCAGCCGGCGCAAUGGUUGAAAGUCAAGGGCAAAAGGCCAUUGGAAAUGUACACCCAGGACGGCUUGACCAAAUAA